AGAAGCAAGCUAGUGAGAGAAAUAGGUAAAUCAUUGUUGCCUCUGUCUGUGCAUACUGUGUGAAGAUAGCUUCAGGGGGAGAAAGAUUAAAAAGAAUAAAAUGAGAAGAACAAAGAAUAGUUAGACAGGAAAGCCUGUCUCCCAGGCAAGAGACAGGUUGUACAGAACAUGCCAUUCUGUGCUUUUUCUUCCUGAUCUCCUGGGCUGCUGCACAACUGUCACUUCGAACCCCAAGAUGUGCAUUACUAACAGUGAGCUGCUGUUACUCCUCAUGGGGGUUAUUUGUAUUACAGAGUCCCGUGCUGUAUCACACACUCUUCAGAAAGAUCCUAAGUGCGGGCAGAAAGUUCAUGAGACAAGACCAUGGAGUGACUUUAACCUUUUCACUCGGAUUGUUGGGGGGAACCAGGUGAAACAGGGCUCACAUCCAUGGCAGGUUUCCUUGAAACGAAGAGAAAAGCAUUUCUGUGGAGGCACCAUAGUUUCUGCUCAGUGGGUGGUCACGGCAGCUCACUGCGUCGCAGACAGGAACCUACUCAAGUAUUUGAACGUCACUGCAGGAGAGCAUGACUUAAGAAUCAGGGAGAAUGGAGAGCAGACAUUGCCUGUUAAAUAUAUCAUUAAACAUCCAAACUUUGACCCACGAAGGCCGAUGAACUAUGACAUAGCCCUUCUUAAGCUGGAUGGAACCUUCAACUUCAGUUCAUCAGUUUUGCCGGCAUGCCUUCCUGAUCCAGGUGAAAAAUUUGAAGCGGGAUAUAUCUGCACUACUUGUGGCUGGGGCCGUUUAAGAGAGAAUGGAGUGCUCCCUCAGGUUCUAUAUGAAGUCAAUCUACCAAUUCUAAAUAGUAGGGAAUGUUCAACAGCAUUGUCAACUUUAAAGAAGCCCAUCCAAGGUGACACUAUACUGUGUGCUGGAUUUCCAGAUGGAGGAAAAGAUGCCUGCCAGGGAGACUCUGGGGGUCCUCUCUUGUGCCAACGUAAGCACGGUGCCUGGAUUCUCGUUGGUGUGAUUUCCUGGGGGAUGGGAUGUGCUCGUGGCUGGAGAGGUAAUGAGAAGAGGAAACAUUAUGAAAGAGGGUCUCCUGGAAUAUUCACAGACCUCAGUGCAGUGCUUUACUGGAUUCAAGAAAAUAUGAGCGCUGAUCUGAAAAUGAAAAGUUCUACACCAUUUUGUAGUGUUCAGGAUGGCAAGCUCCCAGACAGUGAAGGAGAAUUAAAUUUUCCUGGAAGUUCUGAACAGUUCUAUCAAAGCCAUCAGUUGUGUGUAUGGACUCUGUUUGUAUCAGAAGGAAAUUAUAUAUUGCUUCGUUUUUCCCACUUCGAUAUAGAGCUGGAAACGUUUUGCGACUAUGAUUCUUUAUCAGUCUAUUCAAAAGACAACAGACUUGUUGGGAAAUUCUGUGGAGGAGAUCUUCCAUUACCUAUUUUGAUUGGGUCCGACAAUAUAAGGCUGAAAUUUGUUUCUGACAACAAGGAUCAUGGGACUGGUUUUUCUAUGACUUAUAAAGCUCUUACACCACGUAUCCAUCCUGAUUCUGGCUGUGAGUCCUUAGCUGUCCUUUUUGAAGAAGGAGUGUUGCAAAGUAUGCACUAUCCAGAGCACUACAGCAAUCUGGCAGACUGUCAAUGGAUUAUUUGUGCGCCAGAAGACCAUGUAAUAAAGCUUACAUACCAGUCUUUUGAAGUAGAAGAGAGUGAAGAUUGUUCUUAUGAUGCUGUUACUGUGUAUGAAGAUGUGGAAAAAGAAGAGGAAAUUGCUAGAUCAUGUGGGUUUGUCCUACCAGCGCCUGUUCUAAGCUCCUCUUCCAUGAUGCUGGUUGUCUUUCACUCUGAUGAAACAGAGAACUUUGAAGGAUUCAGAGCUACAAUCACUUUUGUACAUGUUACAGAUUUAGAUACCUUGGAUUCUGCUAGUGUACAAGUAUUUGAAAAUACGAAUAUGACCGAAGAAGAACUGCAGGUUACAGCAGAUGAUGUUUGUGGAAUGCCUUCAAAUCAGCCGAGAUUCAUCUUCAGUAGGAUAAUUGGAGGUGAAGAGGCUGUACCACACUCAUGGCCUUGGCAGGUCAGCAUACAAAUUUCAGAUCAACAUAUCUGUGGAGGAGCAGUUGUUGCCAAAGAAUGGAUUGUCACAGCUGCUCACUGCUUUAAUUCUAAGGAACUCUUCAGAAACUUAUGGAUGGUGGUCACAGGAAUUCAUGAUCUUACAGAGCAAGAAUACAGACAGAAAAGAUCAGUAAAGCAAUACAUUAUACAUCCGAGCUUUAACAAGAUCACUAUGGACUCUGACAUUGCUUUACUGCAACUGGCUGAGCCCUUAGAAUUCAACCACUAUGUGCAUCCUGUGUGUCUCCCUGCAAAGGAAGAAGUGGUUCAGCCCUCCAGUGUAUGCAUUGUCACAGGGUGGGGAGCACAGGAAGAAGAUAGGGAAAAGAAUAAAAAGUUGCAUCAGCUGGAAGUUCCCAUCUUGAUGCUUGAAGCAUGUCAGACCUAUUACAUAAAUCUUCCGAGUAGAGUGACUCAGAGGAUGAUCUGUGCUGGGUUCCCUCUGGAAGAAGGCAAGGAUUCAUGCACAGGUGAUUCUGGUGGCCCAUUAGUUUGUCCUUCAAAAGAUGGCUCAGGAUUUUACACCCUUAAUGGAAUCACUAGCUGGGGCUUGGGCUGUGGAAGAAAGAGCUACCCAGGAGUAUACACAAAUGUUGGUGUUUUUGUGGACUGGAUCAAGCAGAGCAUUAACAGUAGCGAUCUGCCCGUUUUCAUGGUGUAACUGUCAAAAGAGUUGUGAUGGACUACACUGUAGAAUGCUUCCAAAGUACAGAUGUCACUAAAAGCAAAAUUUGGUGAGAGCGUAUUAGUUUGUGACUGCUGAAGAGAUCAUGGAGUAGCUGAUACUUAACUUGAUCAAUUUACUGCUUGUUUUCCUGAUUGAGACCUCAACCUUACAUGUGUGUUCUUGGGAUAUACAUAAGUUACUUACAGGUUUCUGACACUGUCAAUCUAUACUAGAAGGAAGGAUAGGUCACCACACACUGUAUGUCAAGCAUGCACUCAAAUGCAGCCCUGGAGAAAACAAAAAUCUAUGCAAAAUAAGCAUGUAUGUUAAACAACUGAAGUCAGUUAUCUUUCCCUAAGGUCAGUGAGAGUGUUAGUUCUGGCUCUGAGGGGACCCAGGCAGUGGUGGUACAUCUUUAAGGAUCAAAAUAACACUGUCUAGUGAUUAGUCAUGUAAAUCAAUCCAAUUGCUUGCAAAAUAGUAUUUUAAUAUGCACAAACGAUGGUCCUUAGAAGCCUGAUCUGA